AACCUCUAAGAAAGAUGGCUGACAUCAGUUAACACGAUUAAGCCUCCCUUUAACCUCCUCUCCUCAAUUAAGGAUAGGGAGCUCUGCAACAAAACGCAGUGAGCGAGCCUAUGUGGUUAGGAUUUCUCUGCUCCCCCACUGUCUUCAUUCAGAAAGAGAGUUCUCUGUAUUUCCAUCGCCACUGUACCAAAGGGGAUGGGAGAAACGGAAUGGAUUUUUGUUUGUUUUUCUUUUUCUUUUCUUUUCCUUUACAACCAAUUCUUUGGCUCUUCUUUUGGGGUGGUCAUAUUAGAUUAGCUUAUCUUUACUUCCCAUAUCCUCAACUUUUGGCCAGUCAGUGGCAGGGAAGAUCGACCGCUAAUCUAUUGCAGUCAGGCUCCCACACUGAACGCCUCAGAGACUGCUGCGCUGAGUUGGCCCAUUUGGAUUCUGGGAUUCCCAGGACAUCAAUCAGGUCAAGCUACAUAGAGGUCCACCAGGGGUACAUUCCACGCAUUCCACUGCUCUCUCUGGGCCCUGUCCUUUAACAUCUGGGUUAACUGGAUCGUGCAAACAGGGUAACAGGCGCAGAAAACAGCUGGACACGUUGCUGAGCCCAGACUGUACGUGACUAGUUCUUAGAAACAGCUUCUGGAUAUCUCUGAGCCAACAAGCGCGUCGGUCUAAGUGCUGGUAGGGAAAGAGCGAGCAAAGCCAGGCAGAGUUUGAACUUCGCGGGGGAUGGAGUGGGGGGGACAAGUCUGAACUUUUGAGGGCGCUUUUCACUUUUACAUAAGUUCUGAAGCUGGCUUCACGCCAAGGUGCGGAAUGAUAAACCCAGCUUAAAUGCAUAUGUUUGCACUCACGUACUCGGCACGUGCUCGCACACAGGGAUGCGCCGGGAGGGUAAAGCUCGGUUUUUAAGAGCGCUGACCGCCUCCUUUGACGUUUACCCAGGACGAGCCUUUCCUUUUACUGCGCCUGCGUGCGCGCGCCGCCGGCAGGCCCCGCCUCUCUGGUAGGGACCCACAACAGACUUGCGCCGGGAGGCGGGCUGCGCCUGCGCGAUCCGCCGCGUCAGCCGGUUUCGCGGGGCGGGCGACUGGAAGUCCCGAGAGUUGACUCGUGCUGAGCGUGAGCUUUGCCGCGCCGCGCGUGGGCCAGCGCGCGGAGACUUGAGAAAAAGCGUGGGGUAAAAGUGCUGUCCGGAGCUGCAAGAGUCAGAGGUAGUGUUUCCUUCCGGGCCUGAGCCCGCCGCCCCUUCCCUGCCCCGCCCCCCCUCCUGGGGUCCCCCCCUCUCCCCCCGAGCCUCCUCUGUUCUGAACUGAGCCCCUGCUGAGGUCAUGAAGCUCGUGAGGAAGGAUAUCGAGAAGGACAAUGCGGGCCAGGUCACCCUCGUCCCCGAGGAGCCCGAGGACAUGUGGCACACCUACAAUCUAGUGCAGGUGGGCGACAGCCUGCGCGCCUCCACCAUCCGCAAGGUCCAGACCGAGUCCUCCACGGGCAGCGUGGGGAGCAACCGUGUCCGCACCACCCUCACCCUUUGCGUGGAGGCCAUCGACUUUGACUCCCAGGCCUGCCAGCUGCGGGUGAAGGGGACCAAUAUCCAAGAGAAUGAGUAUGUCAAGAUGGGGGCUUACCACACCAUCGAACUGGAGCCCAACCGCCAGUUCACCCUGGCCAAGAAACAGUGGGACAGUGUGGUUCUGGAACGCAUCGAGCAGGCUUGCGACCCGGCGUGGAGCGCUGAUGUGGCAGCUGUGGUCAUGCAGGAGGGCCUGGCCCACGUCUGCUUAGUCACGCCCAGCAUGACCCUUACCCGGGCCAAGGUGGAGGUGAACAUCCCCAGGAAACGGAAAGGCAACUGCUCCCAGCAUGACCGGGCCCUGGAGCGGUUCUAUGAACAGGUGGUCCAGGCCAUCCAGCGCCACAUAAACUUCGAGGUUGUAAAGUGCGUUCUGGUGGCCAGCCCUGGAUUCGUGCGAGAGCAGUUCUGCGAUUACAUGUUUCAGCAAGCUGUGAAGACGGACAAUAAAGUGCUCCUGGAAAACCGCUCCAAAUUCCUUCAGGUGCACGCCUCCUCUGGACACAAGUACUCCCUGAAAGAGGCCCUCUGCGACCCUACCGUAGCGAGCCGCCUUUCAGACACAAAGGCAGCCGGCGAAGUAAAAGCCUUGGAUGACUUCUACAAAAUGUUACAGCACGAGCCCGACCGAGCGUUCUAUGGACUCAAGCAGGUGGAGAGGGCCAAUGAAGCCCUGGCCAUAGACACUUUGCUCGUCAGUGAUGAGCUCUUCCGGCAUCAGGAUGUGGCCACCCGGAGCCGGUAUGUCAGGCUGGUGGACAGUGUGAAGGAGAAUGCAGGCACCGUAAGGAUAUUCUCUAGUCUCCAUGUGUCGGGGGAACAGCUGGGCCAGCUGACGGGAGUAGCCGCCAUUCUCCGCUUCCCAGUGCCAGAACUUUCUGACCAAGAGGAUGAUUCGAGUUCUGAAGAGGAUUAAGAAUGGCAGUUAAUAGUUUCUUCCCUGGUUUCCUCAGCAUCCUUGGCAGGUGCCAGAGCGGCGCUUGUUGAUCCUGCUGGGGUUUCUUGUGUGUUGGGUUCACAUUAAGUGUUUUAUGAUUUGGUCGGCAGGACAUGUAUUCAAAUUAAAUAAAUCACAACGAUGUCCAAGCUUAUGUUUUCUAGUUCGAGUUACUGUUUUUUAAAUACCUGGAAACAGCAACUUGUGUAGUUAAGAAAAAAAAAAAAAGGCUGUUUGGGGGUUUGACAAUGAAACCCCACAUACCAACUUUUCUUGGUUUUCCUCCUAAAAGGCUUUUAUCUCUUUUGACAUUUAUUUCCAUUCGACUUGGUGUUUCCAAGUUUCAUUUCGUGCUCCACUUCUUUUUCACCUCUUUCUAGCUUUCCCCUCCCCUCUCCCUACACCAUCCCCCACCCCCCGCAAGAUUUUGACUACAUUCACGAUUUGAAGUGGUAACCAAACAGUAAAUAAAGCCAGUCUAAAUGUUA